UAAAUGAUUAAAUAUUCAAAAAUAGGUUCAAGAAGAUAAAAUAACUCAGACUAACGUUAAAUCUCAAUGUAUUAUUGAUCGAAAUCUCCAUAUUUGUUCAUGUUCAAUGUUGUGGAUCCUCCCUUACCUCACACACCUGAAUAAAAUUGCGUAACUUUACGAAAUAGACGCUGACAAAGAAAAAGCCGCCCAUAAACACGUAAUUUAUCUACAAAUGACACAACCUGACUUCGUUUGAACCUAGUAAAGUGUUUUUCUUUAAACACGUAACGUUAAUUACCUGAGUUCUUCGGCUCGUGAGAUACAUUGCAAAGUUAGUCUUAUUUUCUUUUCAUUACGUGAAGUUUUAUUUACUUUUUAUGAACCAUUGAAAGCCGUGACCACGCCCACAAUGAGUCUAUCCCUCCCGCUCUCCUCCCUAAAACUCAAGAUCAAACUUCUUCAGAUACUUGACUCAGAGUCGCCUUGUGUUUGUGGAGUCACGCCGGAUUUGCGCGAUACUUUUGACCUCUAAUGGAGCGCGAGCUGAGAACCUGACGAGUCUGUCACUGUCAUAGUGGUUUUUGUCUAAAGAUGGCCAAGUCUAACGUUUGCUACCAUGAUCAGCCCAUGGGCUUUUUCUACAACAACAGCAACAUAACCUCAGAUGAAUGGGACCAAACGCAGCUCAUCCUGGUUCAGGUCGUUGGAUCCAUCUGCUGUUGCUUCAUCCUAGUGGCCAAUGCCAUGAUUAUUGCGGCGGUGGUGACAAACAGAAGGUUUCACUACCCCUUCUACUAUCUCCUCGCCAACCUUGCCGCCUCAGACUUUCUCGCCGGGAUCGCUUAUGUGUAUCUCAUGUUCAAUACAGGGAAAAUAUCUCGCGAUCUCACUGUUCAAGGCUACUUCUUUCGGCAGGGUUUGCUGGACGCAAGUCUCUCCGCAUCCCUGACAAACCUCCUGGUGAUUGCCCUCGAGCGCUACAUCUCCAUCAUGAACUGGAAGGUUCACAGUAACCUCAACAAACGUCGGGUGACCCUGUUGAUUGCCCUUGUGUGGGGUAUAUCGAUAUUCAUGGGGGCCGUUCCUAGUUUGGGCUGGAACUGUAUCUGCAGUCUGGACCUGUGCUCCAAACUGGCACCCAUCUUUAGCCGGAGCUACCUGAUCUUCUGGUCUGUGUCGAACCUGGUGCUCUUCCUCAUCAUGGUGGGCAUUUACUUGAGGAUUUACAUCUAUGUGAUGAGAAAGACUGUUGUCCUGAAGGCGCACACUUCUGGAUCUAUAAAUCGAAAGAGGACGCCGGUCAAGCUCAUCAAAACGGUGAUGACCGUACUUGGAGCGUUUGUGAUCUGUUGGACUCCUGGACUUGUAGUUCUGCUUCUGGACGGACUCAAGUGCGAACAAUGCGACGUCCUGAAAUUCAAACGCUGGCUGCUGCUCCUCGCCGUCCUCAACUCCGUCAUGAACCCGAUCAUCUACUCCUACAGAGACGAGGAAAUGUGGACCACCAUCAAGAACCUGAUGUGUUGCGUUCGCAACGGGACGAGGCGGCAGAGGUCGUCCAAGGCCAACAUUCAACGCGGCUCUGGUCGGGAGACAACCAGUAGCCUGAAAGAGAAUACAGCAGAGGACAGCAAGGUCUCCACACAGGAGAUGCUAAAGUCUUGAAGGUGGGCCGGACUCGUUUUUGACUCUGUGAAGACCAUUUUAAUCACCCUGAUGUGCCAUUGCUCCCGAACUCUCCUGAGGUCUGAGGAAAAGUUAGAGCAGAACUCAAAAGGAGUUUAAUGACAGUACAAAGCAAUGCACUUAUUUUUACCAUUUUCAGUGAUAGUCGCCCACAUUAAUGCCUGCGUGCAGCAUGUCUGAGCAUGUGCACUACCCACCACACCACAUCUCCCACAGCAAUGCACUUGUAAAGUUUCACUUUACCUCAUUAAUUCAGCUUUUGACCAUUUCUCAAGAUCCGAAACAGAUUUCAUUAGUAUACUGUACUGUCGUAAAAUCUGUGUUCUAAGUAUACUGUACUGUUUAAAAUGAGUCUUUGACUUUUUUAAAUCUUAAAAUGGAUGUAUGUAGUAUGUAGAUCAUAUGUAGACUUGAUGUAGAUAUUAAUGUAAGCAUUUGAGAGAUUUCAUAUGCAUUUCAAAGUCUUCAUGUGUGAGAAUAAUUUUUACUGUGUAUAGUCGAAUAUUAGAUUUAAAUAUUAUAAUUAUAAUUAUGUAAUACAUGAUUAAGUGGUCAAUUAUGCCCAUGUAAAUACAUAUCGGUACUGCUAAUUUGUUAUUGUGGUUUCAUGUGUAAAAGAUUCCCAUUAUUCAAUAUUACACAAUUCAAAUUCUAUAAAAUGUAGCUUAUUUCAUAUGCACUCACUGUGAGGGAGAGAAAGAAAAACAAAAAAUUCUCUAAAUAUGAAAAAUUAAUUGGUCCUGUUAACAGCAGUUACAAUGUAAAU